GUAGUGAAAGGAGACAAAAAUAGCUACCUUUAACGCUUUCACUUUGUCCAAGUGCUUGCUUCUCUGUUCUCUCUCUCUGCCCGCACCACACACUUUACUCUCCCCUCCAACAGUAGAUCUCAUCUCCCAUUUCAAGCCCUAGACAAACUCAAUUAACCACAAUCCAAUCUCUAAACCUUGCUCCAUUAAUGGCGACCUUCACUCUCCAAAGGUCACUCCUUCUACUCCUGCCUUUACUCUCACUCUUCUCCACAACAUCUGAAGCUAAACCAUCCUUCACCUUCACCAGCUUCGGUAAAAACUCGACCUUUGACUCCGACGACAUUGCUCUGUUCGGCGAAGCAAAGCUCCUCGACGGCGGAUCUUCGAUUUCAAUCCAGGUGAAUGACUCAGUGAGUCAUAAUAGUGGGCGAGUUGUCUACAAGAAACCCAUCAAGUUCGUCGAGACUAAGUCCGAGUAUCCCGCCGGAUUCUCCACUUUCAUCGCUUUCUCCGUUUCUCCUGAUCACGGUGGGAGACUCGGGUUCGUCGUGUUUCCGGUUAACGGGACGUUUGAUCAGUCUCUAUUCGAAGUAAAGUUCGAUACUUUAGAUAAAGAUUCGAAUGUGAGUGUGAGUGUAGAUGGUACUUCGGUUCCUGAGGAGAUUCGCAGUUUCACGAUAGCUAACUUGGAGGAAGAGGAGAAUAAGGAGAAGGUGGUGUUGUUGUACGCUUGGAUUAAUUACAUAGCAGGUGGGAAGUUUCUAGAAGUCCGGUUAAGCAAAUCAGAAAGCUUCGAACAUGUUGAUCCUUUGAUGUUCACUAGGAUUGACUUGUCGGGAAUGUUGAAAGGUAAGGGUGAUGAGUUCAUGGUUGGUGUGAAGUCGUAUGGCGGGAGCUUGAAUCUUCAUUCUUGGAGCUUGGAAGCGAGAAGCGUCCCUAAGGGUGAGCACUCUUAUGCGGCGAUUAUGGUGGAGAAGCUUAUAGAGGAAGAGGAGGCGAAGAAGAGGAGAAGAGCUAGGGCGUGGGGGAUUGUGACUUGCUUUGUAAUGACUUUUGGAUCUACUGGGCUUGUGUUCUUCGCCUUGAUGCAUAUAUGGGCAGCUUUCAAAAGGAACAAUCUUGCGAUGGUGAUGCAGGAAGAAUGUGGAAUCAAGACAAAGGAGUUUGAGUACGAGAAGAUGGAGAAAAUGGAAGCUGUUAUGAGUAAAACUGAUAGCACAAAAUGAAAAACAAGUGAAGUCAAGUGUUGUGAUAUCUAGUACGUGUGUGUGUAGGAUAUGUGAUCUUUCUAUGUAAUCAAGUAGAUUCUUCAUUGGCUAAUGUAAUGUAGCCCACUUGUUUUCCUUUCAUGUGUGAACUUUUGCAACAUUGUUUCUCUUUGGCA